CGAUGCUAGUAUCGCCCAUCCCUUUUUUUGAUACCGGUAGAAUAACGCUCAAAGAUUGUAUCAAUUGAAGUGCGGUGUAAUCUAUAUAGAAAAUGUUUGUGUAUAAUUCAAAACCUAAAAAAGUAUGAUUGUUUUUGCUGUAUUCGCGGUUUGCAUCCAUAUGAUAUUUUUAUUAUCAAUAUUUUACGUGUAUUUUCAAUCACCAAUAUUGAAAGAUCUUCCGGUUGGAAAAGAUGAUGAAAAUUCUCCAGCAAAUCGUAAAUGGAGAUUAUAAGUGUUAAACGUCGAAAAUGUAAUCGGGAACAAUACGAGAAGGCUUCCAUUCUCUUUCAGCUCUUCCAUGAAGCUCAGGGGGUCAUUGUUUUUGUUGCAGAUGGACUACGCGCUGCUUCUUUUCUGGAGCACCAGGCCAAUAGAACAAUAUUUCUACGGCAAACAGUUUUGUCACAAGGAGUUUUUGGCAUAUCACAUACACGUGUUCCAACCGAAUCAAGACCAGGACAUGUAGCUCUUUUUGCAGGAAUGUACGAGGAUCCGAGCGCAGUUUUCAAAGGAUGGAAAAAAAACCCUGUAGAUUUUGAUUCUGUUUUCAACCGUAGUAAUUUAGCAUUUAGUUGGGGUAGUCCAGAUGUCUUAUCGAUAUUUUCUAAUGAAGUGAAUCUAGAAAAAGUGAAAUUUGUCUCAUAUUCUGCAGACUAUGAAAGCUUUUCUUCAUCUGCUAACACUAGUUUGCUUGAUGUGUGGGUGUUUGAAAGAGUUAAAACAUUUCUUGCUAUACCACACAAUCAAAAUUUGCUACGGUCCCAAAAGAAAGUAAUUUUAUUUUUACACCUACUGGGAUUGGAUACGGCAGGACAUAUACAUAAACCAGAUUCAAUUUUGUUUUCAGAAAAUUUGGUGUUGGUUGACAAAGGCAUCGAAGAAAUCGUUCGAAUAAUUGAUCAGAUAACAAAUAACGACCGGAGAACCUCUUACAUUUUUACUUCGGAUCAUGGCAUGACGGAUAGGGGAUCCCAUGGUUCUGGUGACCCCAUGGAAACGGAUACUCCGUUUAUUGCAUGGGGGGCUGGAAUACAGCACUGGAAAAAUGUUUUGAAUGGUAGUUAUCAAAAACAUAUUGCUUUGAAAGAUGUUAAUGUUCCCUCCUUGGAUAUAAAUCAGGCAGAUGUCACACCUUUCAUUUCAACCUUACUUGGAAUAGCAAUACCUAGGAAUAAUUUUGGGAAGUUACCACAACAGUUUCUGAAUAUCUCAGACAUAUACGCAGCACGAUCAAUGGAGAAAAAUACAGAUCAACUGCUUCAUCAGUAUUAUCGGUGGCAGGAAAAUUGCAAUCGAAAAUUAUUUAAAUGGCCAUUGUCGACGAAGGAGUCCAAUUAUAUGAAAUUAAUCGAGACGUUGCAAAAGGACAUUGAACAUGCAAAAAAAAUCAAACAGUAUAAACAAAUGAUAACAUCUAGUGAAUCUUUGAUGGAUGUGGUUAUCGCUGCGAUAGAAUUUUAUCAAACAUACUAUAAAUAUGAACUACUCUUAGCUCUUACUUUUACAAUGAUCGGUUGGAUUUUAUUCAUAGUAAGGAAUGUUUUUAUAAAUCCUAUUUUAAAUACACCAACCCAAACUAGAUCGGUUCUCAUCGCAUUGGUGGUUGUUUGCAUAAUAUGCUUAUAUAACACAGCUCAGGGAACACCGAAAACCGCAACGUUUCUUUUCUCAUUGCCUGUAUGUAUGUGGAUCCCUGUUAUACCAAAAUGGAAAGAGUUUAUUUCCAUAAUAAACAAAGAAAUAAUCUACAAAACAGUUCUGUUUUUCGUAAGCGUAGAGCUAUGCGUAGUGUCCUUUUUUCAACAUCAAGCAUUGAGUGGCGUUUUAAUCGUCAACACUAUUUUUAUGGUACAUCGUAUUUAUAAAAAAAGUAAAACGCAAUGGUUGUCACUAUCUAUGCAUAUGCUGCUAAGCAACGCAUUCUUGGCUAUAUUUCCUUUGAUUCCGAUUACACAGCAAAAUAUAAACAACCCUUAUUUAUUAGUAUCCGGUAUAUUAGUCUGGGCUAUACUCACUCUAAAUAUAUGUUUCUUUUUUGGAGAAAAUAAAAUGUAUUGCUGGGUUCAAAUUGUACUUACGUUAUCGACAGUUCUGAACAUGUUACAUUGUUUUAGUAAUCCAGAAAAUACAUUCACUGUAAAUAGGAUAAAUCAAAUAUUAUCGUGGUUGUUUUUUGUAUUAUCGUUGAUUACUCCAUUGCUGACCUCCACAUCGCUACAAAUACGGUACAUGGCUGUUGUUUCAAAUUUCGCCGGACCCUACAUGAUGCUCUCUCUUUCAUAUGAGCCUGUUUUUUUGUUGUCGUUCUCUUUAAGUUUGUUUUUCUGGAUUAGAGCGGAGGAUUUGCUGUAUAAUUCAAAACUAAAGAUGAGGUUUCUGAAUUAUUCUGACGUCAAUACUUUUCCCAAACCUAGUGGUUCAGAAGACAUCAGGCGUGCAUUAACAUUUGUACUCUAUAUGCUUAUUUCAUUUUUUGGACCAGGAAACAUAGCGACGAUCAGUUCGUUCGAUCCAAAUUGGGUUAGAUUGUUUGUUAGUACAUUCUCACCUUUCCUCAUGACUGGCCUGAUCGUGUUUAAAUUACUGAUCCCUCUAUUGGUUCUAGUAUGUGCAUUCAAAUCUUUGCAUGUUAUAGCACAGGUCAAUAUGAGGAAUUUGUUUUUGUUAAUACUCAUUAUCUGCGACGUUAUGUGCAUGAAUUUUUUUUAUUUCGUCAAAAAUAAAGGUUCGUGGCUUGAAAUAGGAACUACGAUAUCACAAUUUGUCAUCAUGGAAUGUGUUAUCAUCGUUUUAAUCUGUCUCUAUGGUGUUGCGAAACUAUUAACUGAAGUUACAUUUACCAAAGAACUAGUGCGACCAACAAACAGACUGAAUUAUUUGCUUCCAUUCAACAACAAACAAAAUAAAGAUUAAUAGUGACUUUGAGUAUGUUGUUUAGUGCCUAAAAUUGGUUGAUCAUCUAACUUCAGAUUUCACUACUGAAAUUCAUGUUUAUUAUAAAUUUAAAAUGUUAAAAAUAAACAAUAAUGCAAGAAUAUAGAA